AUGAAAGUCUCAGCAACAGUUCUGGCAGAAUCCACGUUUGCCAUGCAUGCAUGUUGCCUCGUGCAGCGACAGGAGAUCGGUGUAACAUACCAUAAAUUGUACAUCGAAUGUUCUGUCUGCGUUUACAGAGACCUGGCGGCACGCAACGUCCUAAUUCAGUCUCCUGAGCAUGUCCAAAUCACUGACUUUGGUCUGGCCAAGAUGCUCGACAGCCUGGACGAGGACAGCGUGGUGGUACGCAGCGGCCGAGUGCCAAUUCGGUGGCUGGCAAUUGAGACUCUGCAAUACGGACUCUACUCACACAAAACGGAUGUGUGGAGUUAUGGUGUAACCUUGUGGGAGAUAUUCACAUUUGGGAAACAACCCUAUGAAAAUAUCAAAACAGUCGAUAUCAAAGAUCAUGUGAUGAAGGGUGGACGUCUAACUCAGCCGGAUAUUUGCACGCUGGAUGCAUACAUGGUGAUGGUAAAGUGUAAGUCAUAG